GGCUGUGGGCGGGGCCGGGGGGGGGGGCGUGGUCUGUGGGCGCUCCUGGCCGGUGUGGCCGGGAGCGGGGGGCGGAGCCUCGGGAGCGCGGGGAGCGGCACGUGGAGCGCGCGUGCCCUGCGCCCCGCACCGCCCUCGGGGGGACCCGGGAGCCUCACCGGGCACGGAGUGACCCCCGAGCCCCGGGAGCCUCACCGGGCACGGGGUGACCCCCGAACCCCGGGAGCCUCACCGGGCACGGGGUGACCCCCGAGCCCCGGGAGCCUCACCCGGCACGGGGUGACCCCCGAACCCCGGGAGCCUCACCGAGCACGGGGUGACCCCCGAGCCCCGGGAGCCUCACCCGGCACGGGGUGACCCCCGAGCCCCGGGAGCCUCACCCGGCACGGGGUGACCCCCGAGCCCCGGGAGCCUCACUGUGCAGGGAGUGACACCGCACUCUGUGGCUCCUCACUUUGCACGGAGUUAACCCACACCCCGGGGCUUCUCACUGCGCCCCGGGUGACUCCCCGGCACCACGGGGAGCCUCACUGCACCCGGGGUGACCCAGCACCGCGGGGAGUCUCGGUCCUUACUGGGUGACCCCGCACCCUGUGGCUCUCACUGUGCACAGAGGGACCCUCGCUGUACACAAGGUGACCCCCGCACCUCCUGCGGGCUGUCACCAGGCCAUGCAGAUGCCCAUGUCCCCGCAGCCUGAGUGGCUACGCAGUCCCGUGUCCCCACACGCCGAGGGCCGUCCCCGCCGCAGGGCCCCGAGGAGCGCACGGGGCUAUUUUUGGGUCGUGGCGUGGCCGAUCGGCAGUGCCAGGGGGCCCCACGUCACAGGGUCUGCCGGGCCCUGCCGCCUCGGCAUCGCUCUCGUUCCUGCCGGCACACGGUGAGCAGCAGCACAGCUCGGCUCGGAUCCCCCGACUUACAGACAGGGAGAGAUGGCAGGUGGCAUUUUCUCCCCACUGGGGAGUUGCUCGGAGCUGGAGAAGGCCAACUGCCACCCGCUGGUGUGCCUGCUCUGCCACGAGCCCUACCAGCACCCCUGCCUGCUCGACUGCUACCACAACUUCUGUGCCAGCUGCCUGCGAGGCCGUGCCAGCGAUGGCCGCCUGCGUUGCCCCCUCUGCGGGCACCCCUCAGUGGUGAGGGGAGGCACGGGGCUGCCCCCUGUGGACCGGCUCCUGCAGUUCCUGGUGGACAGCUCAGCCGACAGCGAGGAGGAUGUGCAGUGUGCCAACUGUGACCGGUGCUGCACCAAGGCGGAGCUGGAUACCAUGUACUUCUGCAACACCUGUGGGCAGCCCCUCUGUGCCCCAUGCCGUGAGGAGACCCACCGUGCCAGGAUGUUCACCCGCCACGAAAUCGUCUCCCUCUCCAAGCGUACCAAAGACAUCCAUAAGAAGUGCCCACUGCAUGAGGAGCCCUACAUCAUGUUCUCCACCGAGAAGAAGUCCAUGCUCUGCAUCAACUGCUUCAGGGAUAUGCAGGGGGAGAGCCGGGCACACUGCAUCGACAUUGAGACUGCGUACAUGCAGGGCUGCCAGCGGCUGGACCAGGCGGUGAUGGCUGUGAAGGAACUGCAGACCUCCACACGCGAGGCCAUCGUCCUGCUCAAGGCCAUGAUCGAGGAGGUUCGCAACAGUGCCAGCGAGGAGGAGGCGGCCAUCAACUCCCUCUUCAGCCGCAUGCAGGAGCAGCUCUCUGAGAGGAAAAAGACACUCCUGAAAGCUGUGCAGAGCCAGCACGAAGAAAAGGAGAAGGCAUUCAAGGAGCAGCUGGCCCACCUUGCUUCCCUGCUGCCCACUCUGCAGGUCCACCUGGUGACCUGCUCGGCCUUUCUGAGCUCUGCCAACAAAGCCGAGUUCCUGGACCUGGGCUAUCAACUGAUGGAGAGGCUGCAGAGGAUCGUCAAGCUGCCACACCGCCUGCGGCCGGCCCAGACCAGCAAGAUCAACAGCGAGUACCGGGCAGAGUUCGCCCGCUGCCUGGAGCCCCUCCUGAUGCUCAGCCCCCGCCGCUCCAUGGUGGGCAGCGCUGGUGGCAUCGGUCCUGGCAUCACUGGCACAAACAUGCUCCCCGGUGGCCAAUGCUCCAAGACCCUCAUGGUGCCCAGCUGCCCCUCCACCAGUGACAAAAUGUCCACCGGCCCUAUGGUGAAGAAGCCAACGAUGCACCGGUACAUCAGCACCAAGGUGCUGCUGGCCGAGGGCCGCGAGACCCCCUUCGCUGAGCACUGCCGCAACUACGAGAACACCUACCGGAUGCUGCAGAUGGAGAUCCAGGGCCUGAAGGACCAGGUGCAGGAGCUGCACCGUGACCUCACCAAGCACCACUCACUCAUCAAGUCGGAGAUCAUGAGCGAGAUCCUGCAGAAGUCGCUGCAGAUGGACGUGCAGAUCGCAGCUCACUACUCUGCGGUGGAGAUGAUGCGCAGCGUCUUCGAGGAGGUUUGGGAGGAGACCUACCAGCGGGUAGCAAAUGAGCAGGAGAUCUAUGAAGCCCAGCUCCAUGACUUGCUGCAGCUGCGGCAGGAGAACAGCUGCCUGAGCACCAUCACCAAGCAGAUUGCGCCCUACGUCCGCUCCAUCGCCAAAGUGAAGGAGCGGCUGGAGCCCAGGCUGCAGGAGCCCCAGGAGCCCAAAGAAGAACAGGCCCAGAUGCUGCUCAACAUCUGUGACAAUAGUGAAGUGGUGCCAAGGGAUGCCUCACCUGGCAGCAACAAGGGGGCUUCAGCCAGCCCCACUGAGGGCUUCAUGCCAAGGGACAGCCCUGGAGACCCUUCCCCAAAAAGCAAAGACUGCUGCAGGGGCCAGCAGAAGAGUGGAACAGAGAGUGCUACCCCGAAAGAGCUGGUACCAUAGAGUCCAGUGCUGGGCACGUGGCAGAGCUGCUGGGCACAACCAUGCCCCUGUCACUGACAGCUCCUCCUGCCCACUGCCACAAGCCAGGGUAGGAAACAGCCCAGACAGCCAUGUCUGCAGCACAAGGCCCCAGGUGGACUUGCUUCUGAAAAACUCUUUGUGCUGUCCCUUGCGUGUGUCAGAGUGAAA